GGCAGAUGUGAUGAGUCGGCGACGUGGUUGAAUCGUGUUGUCGUUGUUCCCGGGCAAACCGACUUGCAAAGGAAAGUUUCGACGAAGUUUCCGCGAGAACUGUCAGAUGCGCAUUGACAUCACUGACAUGAUACGUCGUCGUGGCAGUCCACCGUCCAGCACAGGUAGUCUAAGUAUUGACUAUGAUAUGGAAUGUCUGCAUUGCAUCAGAGUUGCGACUCACCGAGCUGCAGAGUCGGAGCGUUUGCGAGCGCGGAUACCCGACAGCCGACCAGCGCGACGCACGCCUCAGCGCCGAGGCCGAGGCCCGGCGGAUAAGCGAGAAGAUUGACGAGCAGCUCAGAGUGGACAAGGCCGCACAGAGAAAAAGGCGAUCGCAGACCGUAAAGGUCCUUCUGCUCGGCCAGAGCGAGAGCGGCAAGUCGACGACCCUCAAGAACUUUCAACUAACGUACUCGCCAACGCGUGGGCAGAAGAGCGCAACUCAUGGCGGACCGGUCAUCCAACUCAAUCUCGUCCGGAACAUAAACUCUAUCCUCGACAUGCUCGCCGAGGAGAUGUCCAGGACCUCCUCACAUCCCAGCACCGCCACCGGGGACGCCGAUCUGCGCCUAACUCCGCUGCGCGGGCUGCAGCGCGACCUCGAAGACACGCUCGGCGUCUCCGGCACGGAGGACAUUGAGCACCCGCUGCAGCGCUCGACUGUGCGCAGCCCGACGGGGCGUACAUCCCAGGAGGCGUAUAUCCGCUCGCACACGCUGUGGAAGAGCAAGCUCCGCUCGGCGAGCGAGGGCAACUUCGACGGCAUAUUCAAGCGUAACCGCGAAGCGAAAACCCGCGAGGCAAUGGACAUCUCGCGGGUGUGGGAGGACGAGAUGGUCCAGGAGAUGCUGAGGCGGCGCAAGUUCGUGAUCGAGAGCGUGCCGGGCUUCUUCUUGAACGACGUGGAGCGGAUCGCAGCGCGAGAAUACGAGCCCUCGGACAACGAUAUUGUCCGCGCACGGUUACGCACGAUGGGCGUUCAGGAGUACGGCAUAAAGUUCGAGAUCGGACCUGCGGCGGGCACGGAGUGGCUCAUGUACGACGUCGGCGGGUCGCGAACUCAGCGCGCGAAGUGGUUCCCGUACUUCGACGACUGCGACGCGAUCAUCUUCCUCGCGCCCAUCUCGUGCUUCGACGAGCGGCUCGCGGAGGACCGCAAGGUGAACCGGCUCGAGGACAGCUACAUGCUCUGGCGCCUCGUCUGCGCGUCCAAGCUCCUCCAGAACACGCAGAUGAUCCUGUUCCUGAACAAGUACGACCUGCUCGACCAGAAGCUCAAGCGCGGCGUGAAGGUGAAGGACCACGUUAGGAGCUUCGGCGACAGGCCGAACGACGCGGAGACGGUCAGCAAGUACUUCUCGCAGCAUUUUAGGGAGAUCUCGAAGCGGCAUUCGCCCAGCCACGGCAGUUCCGAUACUAAAGCAACAGCAGUUACUCUCGGUAUUGUCGAAGAGGGCAUCCUCCAAGCUCACCUCCGCUCCGUCGAGCUCAUCUAACUUACAUCCCCCCACGCAUCCUUCAUAGACCUCCUCAACACUCGCCCUUACCUCACACCCGCGUAAUUGCACCUCGCCUGGGCCGUCAAUAAUGUACUGUACACUUCUAUUCGCUCCAUAUCCGAGUGGUCCACGGGUGGGUCGUCCUGGUUUAUGCGCUGUGCUUGAAUCCGACGGCCGGGUUGCUUGUCGUCGUCACCGCCACUUUUUAUGAAUGUCUAAUGCUGAUUAUGGUUUACGGAUACUGCUGUUGUUGUUGUUGUGUUGUCUCUGUGCCUCUGCCUCUGCCUCUGCUUGCGAAUCAUCUGUGUAUUGCUACGACUCAUAUCAUGCCUCUAUGUAUGCAAUGUAUGCAAUGUUCUCCUUAUGCUCGGGGUUGCAUUUGGCUUGGCGCGCGAGAGUAGGUGUAAAUAUUUCUUUUAACUGGUUGCGUAUGUCUGGAAUUGAGACC